GCCCGCUCUCUCUCUUCGGACUACGUGCUAGCCUGUUAGCCUGCUCGAUUGCUUUGCUCCUCAAGGCUGCCUCGGUUCUCAUCGUUGCAGAGGUGCUUGGUCGCCUUCCACUCCAUCCAAGCCUUCUUUUGAAGUAGGCUAUGUGAAGAUCUCCGGAGUCUGAACUGCGGUGUCCCGGGAAUGGUCAUGGAAAAAUUCGGCAAGCUCGUGAAACGAAAGAAGCCCAGCCCCCAACCCGCUGUCCCUCCCAUCGAAGCAGCUCACCACCCAAAGCCGGGCGAUAUACCCAUAACGCGACGGAAGCGACAACUCAUCCAGCCAGCAGAGUUGCGGCAGCUACGAGAGCUAAUCCGCUGCCGAUACGCCCUCGACGUCGAAAUCUGGAGCGACCGCAAUGUGAAGUUCUACCAACGAGAUCGCGCUAUCGAGAACAUGAGGAAAUCGAUGGCGGCGCUGGCAAGGAUACAAAGGACUGUUGAGGCAUGGGACAAAAGGGAUUUUUUCGCCAGCGAUGACGAGUAUAUGAAGUUCCGAGAGCUCAAGAGAAGGGUUCUGGAGGAGGGAAAGAGGGAUUGGGCGAGCCAUCCGCCGUGGGAGAAGGCCUUGCAGAACGGGAAUGCGAAUAGUCAUGGGGGACUUGGUAUGCUUGACCAGGACAAUUACAGAUGAUUCACCGCCGGAACUUCCAAGGUUGUUGGUAGCGAUGUAUCCUGUAAUGUACCUCGGUUAAAUUUCCCUUUCGAGAACACAUAAUCACGACUCGUGAGCCCAUUCUGGCUUGCACGGUCGAUCAAUGAAGGUAGAUAAACCCG